CUUAUCUACGGCGCUUAUGAGUCAGCUGUGAGAAUUGUGAUCAAAAGUUGAAGCGUCCAUCUAGUCCUUGUCCAUCUAUACCAAUCACUCUUUUGGACAAAAAAUCUACUCUGUUUUUGCCGUAUCAUCGGCUUAUGGCUCGAGGAAGGGGCUAUAAUAAGUACAAUUCCUCUAGAGGAGGAGCAUCCACCCGCGGUGGGUCAACUGGAGGAAAUAGUCCUCGUGGUCGAGGAUACAGAGGCAGAGCCAGGGGUGGACGAGGUGGAGGUGGAGGCCGAGGUGGCUACAUUGGAUAUAACCCUUCAGAUGACACAGACUUCGUCUUGCAGACAUAUAACAACAACUACGACACAGGACGUUACUUCAGUGCUCCUUCGACACCUCAGAGUCGAGGAAGAGGUCGGGGAAGAGGGCUAGGCUCCAAUAAUUCACCCCAAAGCAUUAAUAACUACCAAGCAAAACGCAAUAGAGGUCGAGGUCGAGGUCGUGAUGGAUAUGAUAACCCCAGAAAUGAUAGAGGAUCAAAUAACUCAGAUGCACCGCUUUCAUUGUCAUUAAGACCGCUGCUACGGCCAGUUGUUUUUGUUCCCGCUACCCAGAACCGAUUUCUAUUCCAGGCUGAAGAGGAACUCAUUCAGCCAAUCGUGGAGGAUGCCGGAGAUGAAGAACAAAGCCAUCUUCCUACUGCAGACCGCGUUGCGCGGUUGUUUAGUGGUACCUAUCAGCAUCAGGAAGUUGACGAUUCAAACGACACGGAAGGCUUAGAGGAAAUCGAUUUCUCCGACGUGGGAAGAUUCCAACAGGUGAUGGAUGGUUUUGCUUCUGGUGCCGCCGCCGCGGUUGGCAAAGGCGAUGUGGAAGAGAUUGUCGAAAUGGAGGAAGGUUCUCCUAGGCCGACCGACGUUUUUGAGGAAGCAGAGUUGCUGCUCCAGGAAGAAACUGCCAGCUCAGUGAAGGAAUCCUUGGAUACAGUCACGACUGAACCCGACGGCUCGAAUCAAUUCCCUCGUAAUGUAGAAAUGUUAGCAUCUACCUCCCUCUCUAUUUCCACUGGAGAUGCGGACCCAGAGCUCGCUCAAGUUUCUUCAUCUAUCCAAUCUAUUGCGAUCCAAGAUGAACCGCGACCGAGAAAGGAUGAAGAUAUGCAGUCCCAGGAGCCAACACAACAAGAGAAUCCUACCUUCUUCGUCGACGUGAGUCCGUCGUCUUCAAACCCAAUCCAGACUCCAAUCAUCACCAACCGCGUAGAUGGUCUUGGACUGGGCGCUCCUUCCAUCUCUGAUGAUGACGGCGACAUCGUUGUCUACGUUGCUCCUCAUCCCCGUCAAGGCAGAUCUACAGCUCCGACGCCUACUCCAGGAUUUCGGCCGGAGAUUAGAACCACCUCCAUCUUGACAGGGUUACCUAUUGGAACAGCUCCUCCCGCUGUCGGACCAGCGCCUACACUUGAUUCAAUAACUUUCACAUCUUUUGGUUCGGGUGUUGAAUCUCUAUCUGCUGAUCGUUCUGGUCUUCCUAGACUUUCUAUCGCUCAUGCAAAUGAUCCUAGUCAUAUAGAUAGAGAUCAAACCAACAACUCCAACCACACGAGACCUCCUGUGUUCACAUCCAACAGCCCUACACCCGCCAAAAUUAAAUCUCGUCAGCGAGGUCAAUGGGCAGCCAAGCAGGGUCAGCGCGGAGGAGGGGCUUUUUCGUACUCUCGGCAUCACUCGUCUUCUUCGUUCGCUUCUCGAGGGGCGGAUGUCUCUGAAGCACAGUUGACUAAUUGGAGACAGAAUAGUCAGGAACAGCAGAGGAAUUGGAACCCGUAUGCGAACAACGCGAACACGAACUUGUAUUCGAAUGGGAACCCGUAUGUGAAUGCGAACACAACUCCCUAUGCCAACACGAACUUGUAUAGCCCUGCAAACCCGUAUGCGAACACGAAUCCGUAUAGCCCCGCAAACCCGUAUGCAAACACGAAUCUAUAUAGCCCCUCUCACACGUAUGCGAAUGCGAAUCCGUAUAUGAACUGGAGCCCGUCCACUUACUGGGGAUACGAGGAAGACAAUACACAGUCUCCUAAAGUGGAUUCGACUGGACUCUUGGGUGUGUUAGCUAGCGCUCAAGCUCGUGUUCAGACCCGCUCUGGUGACGAGCUAUCACCUGAAGGAGGUGAAGGAAAGGAUGAAGGGGAUAAUGGUGCAGGACCAAGUGAAGCAGAAGGAUCCCAAAGAGCAGGGCGAACCAAAGAAGAGGAAGGUGGUGGUGCUGAACAAUCCGAAGGUCUCUGGCAUCCGAUAGGUGCUUCGUUAGGCGCCGCAGAAGGAAUGGAAAUCGAUCCGGAGCUGGAUAUUGACAUGGAAACGAUGAAGCGGUUCGUAGAAGGGAUGGGUCCAAGUGGAAGUAGACAUGUGACGAUGGAUGAUUUGGAAGACGAAAAGAGGAUGAGGGAGGAGGAUGAAGAGAAACUGAAUGAGGGAGAUGGAGAGAGUGAGGAGGAUGACGACGAAGAAGAAGAAGAAAGAAAUCCUUCUACUGAUCAUGGUAAUGUUCAGGUCGAGAAUGAGCGUAUUCAUGUGGAGGCGCAGGUGCAUCAGAAUGUGGAAGCGCAGAUUCAAGAGUCCCAGGUGCAAGAGGUGCAAAUCUUCAGAGAUGAACAAGUGCCUGAGGAUGUGUUGUCACUGGAGCAGGCGCAAGUUUCCGAGGAUGUCCCUUCGCAGGUGCAAGUGCUCGAAGAUGGGCAGGUGCAGCUGCAAGUGCAAAUUUCGGACGUGGAGUCGCCGGUAGAUGUGCACAAGGAUGAUCAGCUACUAGUGCAGAUUCGUGAUGAUGAGGACAAGGAUCGAGAUGAUCAGGAUGACGAUGAAGUCGAGCAAGUAUUAGAUCUUGAGGAGAGAUUGUUGAUUGCGGAAUCAGAGGGCAAUGAGAUUGAGAUUGACAGUGAGGAUGAUGAGGAUGUCGAGGAUGAUGAUGAUGGGGAAGAUGAAGAUGAAGAUGAAGACAACGACGAUGAUCAGAGUCCCAGGUCCAGCUUCCAAGCAAGACUCGAACAUCUCCGGAAGAAAGCAUCGAGUCAGACAGGUGCUACUAGUGCGAAAAGCAAGGGGAAGGCCAAGGCCAAGGCUACCUUGUAUGAUGAUUCUGAUUCUGAUGACGAAGAUGACUGGGAUCGUAAUCGUACUUGGGCGGAGGAAGAUGAUGAUUUCAGUGCUCAUAUACAAGACAUCCUUGAUGGAAACAAAGACAAUCUCGUUGGUCGAGACAAGAAGUCCAAGAAACAAGUCUUUCAAGCAGUCUAUAAUGGUGACUUUGAGGAUGUGGAUAUGUGGAAGCCCGCGCGAAAAGCUAAAGAUAAACACAAAGACAUUCCCCCCGACCUCAUCGAUCUCUGGAAGAAAGACAGGGCCAAGAAGGAUAUUCGUAAACAAGAACGCAACCUUGCUCGACUCGCUGCCGCAGCUGAUCCCCUCACCGAAAAGCAAGGUGGCAAAAAAGGUCGAAAAGCCAUGCUCGCGGCCGCUAAACUCGAUCCUACCAUAGUCGUCUUACCAAAUAGAGUCAUAGACAUGACAACACUCGUACAACAAAUCCGUCGAUUCAUCGAUAACAUUGGAGGACCGAGUUCAAUGUCGUUGCCUCCAGCGAACAAGCAAACGAGGAAAGACAUACACGAGCUGGCUGCUGCGUUCAAUUUGAAGAGCUUGAGUAAAGGAGAUGGUGACGCGAGGUAUACGACGCUCACCAAGACGACAAUGUCUGGGAUCAGGGUGAACCAGAAAGUGGUUGCGAAGAUUGUAAGGAGAAGGGGAGGGCUUGCUGAUAAUGCAGAGUUUGUGGGAGGGGCAGACAUAUCGAAGAAACAUGCGGAGCGAGGUAAAGCUGGUAAGUCGAUGCCGAAACAUAGGGAAGGUGAUGAAGUUGGCAAAGCUGCUCCGAAAAUUAACGAGACGAACAUCGGAUUCAAGAUGUUGGCUUCAAUGGGAUGGGCAGAGGGUGAUUCUAUCGGGCGGAGUGGUGGAUUGCAGAACCCUCUCACUGCUGUCAUCAAAAAUACAAAGCUGGGUCUCGGAGCAAUGAAAUAAAGAUGGAUAUUAUGGCUAUUCAAUUUUGCACCUGUCAGUAUAAGUUUUGUAACUUGUACAUCCAUGUAUCUAUCUAUUGGAGUUCACUUCAUUACUCAAGCAUUCUUACUUUUCACUCGAAGGAGAGGUAAAACGCAUAGUCCAUGAAGGUAGAGCUUGAUUGUCGCGUCAAGACCCGUCGUCGGCAUUCCGAACGGGCCGCUUAUAAAAAUGAG